AUGCCGAUCACCUUCGACUGCUGCGAUCACUGGGUUCACCUGCCCAGGCCGGGUGGCAACCCCCUCGUGGUGAGCCCAGUGGUCAGCCAGGUCCACCUGGCCAAGGUACUCGUCGAUGGUGGCAGUGCCCUCGACAUCAUCUUUGCCAGUACGUUGGAGAGCAUGGGCUACGACAUGACCUCCCUGGUCCCAUCAGACCAGGCCUUCUACGGCAUCAUCCCCGGAGCCGGGUCGACUCCGGUCGGCCGGGCCACCUUGCCGGUCACCUUCGGCACCCGCGACAACUACCGCAUGUGUUACACAGCUCCAAAAAGGGUCCUCUCGGUCUACGGAGACUUGCAGACCUCCUAUGCGUGCGAGGCCAAGAACAUCGAGCUCUCCGACACCCUGGAACGCUCCAGGAACUCGGUUCUUGUUGCCCAGGAACCAAAGAACCUCCCAGUGGACCAGCAGCAGAUCCCUGCCAAGGAGUCGACUUCCGAGUCGCAGCUCGCGCCAGCCGUGGCAACCAAGACCAUCGUCCUCCGGGACGAAGAGUCGUACAAGACUGCCGUGAUCGGGGCCAACCUCGACCCGGCAUAG